CAAUAAAAGAAUCUCCAACCAAAGCAUAAACAUAAACUCGCUCACCUCCACCCUCCCUUCGGUUCUUGGUCUUGGUCCUCUUUUUUUUUUUUUUUUGCUCAUAAAAAGGUUGGUCUUGGUCUUGUUCAGAUAGAUUGAUAGAUAGAUAGAUAGAUAGAUAGAUUUGUAGUCAGAUCGAGAGAUAAUAAUGGAACUUCAACAUCCCAUCCACAAGCACUCCAUCGUUCUGUAUGAUUUGAACACCGGCGUCCUCCCCUGCUGCCACUGCAGGAACCCUCUGGAGCUUCCCGACCUCCGGUGCAGCAGCUGUAGGUACACCUUAAUCACCUUCUGCCUCGGCUGCGACGAGCCAAUAGCGGGGCCCAUCUACACCUGCAGCAGGGAGUGCCACUUCUUCCUCCACCAAUCCUGUCUCGACAAGUGGCCCGCGGAGAUCCGCCACCCCCUGCACCCGAUCCACCCUCUCUCCCGCCACCUCAAGAGCACCCACAAGGACGUCAGUGAGUUCAAGUGUGACUGCUGCAGCCGGUGGACCCGCCGCUUCGUGUACCAGUGCUCCCGCGGCUGCGACUUCAGGAUCUGCCUCCGCUGUGCCCCGUUGAACCAGGACCCCCCAUUAACCCUCACUGAUGGAAAGCACCAGCUGUUCCUCUUCGAGAACACCACCUUCGAGAAGAAAUGUACAGUUUGCGACCGGACAGACCGCCACACCUCCAUCUUUAUCUGUACCGUCCCGAAAUGCGGCUACGCGGUUCAUUUGACCUGCAGCAACCUUUGCAGUCGUUUCCCCGAAAAGAUCAAGAACGACAGCCACUUUCAUGCCGUUACCCUGACCGAGUUUGUGAAGGAAGAGGGUUGGACUGCGUAUUACUGCGAUGCCUGCGAGCAGACGAGAGAUCCAGCACAUCCCGUGUAUCACUGUGCAGACUGUCACUUUGCUGCUCACGUUGGCUGCGUCCUCUCCGAGGUGCUGCCCACUCUGAUCGAGGAGUAUGAGACUGAGGCCAAGGCCAAAGGUGUAUUUGUAUAUCCAUGGCUAGCGAAGCUUGACGAAGAGAUUGAAAUGCUGUCAGGAAAAGAAGCUGAGCUAAGAUCAAAAUUAGGAGCGGUGAGGUCGAAUUUGGGGACACUCGAGAGUGAACGGUCCGAAUAUAUAUCAUGUUCAAGGCAUAGGUUUGAAAACAAGUACUCAUUUGAUCCGCUAGGCCUGCAACAAGUUACUAUUUGACCUGAGCUCAAAAAUUACAUUGCAAGUGUAGUAUGAGUUGGAGUUGUGAUCUUCUCGGGGAUGGGGAUCUUAUUUUUCAUCUUUAUGUUUUAUCCUUCCAGGCAAUAUAAUAAUUUGUGCAAAGUGAAACAGACUUAAAAGUUCUUCCUUUAUCUUAACCUGGCCAUCAGCAGCUGGCUCAGUCUUGACCUUC